AGCAAAACUCGUGACCGCGCCUACUUCAGUUUUAUCUCCUCACUCUCACUUCUUGAUCAGACAAGACUCUCUCUUUCUUUCUGGUGACAAAAUGGCUUCGGUGCAAGCUACUAGUUUGGCCUCAGCUUUGUGCAAAAAUGGCACCCAGAAGUUUCCGAGCAGCUCCUUCUCGCCGAGGUUUGAUGUUGUGGCUGGGCGUGGAUUUAUUAAGAAAGAAACGCUGCCUCGUUCUUUGGUUUCAUCUGUUCCCAGAGCGACGUUAACCUUUGAUCCUCCAACAACCAAUUCAGAUAAAACUAAGCAGAGGAAGCAUACUGUUGAUCCUUCUUCUCCUGAUUUCCUUCCUCUUCCCUCCUUCGAACAGUGUUUUCCAAGGAGUACCAAAGAACACAGGGAAAUUGUUCACGAACAAUCUGGUCAUGUUCUCAAAGUUCCUUUCAGACUGGUCCACUUGUCUGGGGAUGAACCCAGUUUUGAUAAUUAUGAUACCAGUGGUCCUCAAAACAUUAGUCCCCGAAUAGGACUUCCUAAACUGCGCAAAGACUGGGUUGAUAGGCGGGAGAAGCUAGGCUCACCAAGGUACACUCAGAUGUACUAUGCGAAGCAAGGAAUAAUAACUGAGGAAAUGUUGUAUUGUGCUGCUCGUGAGAAACUUGACCCAGAGUUCGUGAGGUCAGAGGUUGCACGUGGACGGGCAAUAAUCCCUUCCAACAAGAAGCACCUAGAGUUAGAGCCAAUGAUAGUUGGAAGAAAUUUUUUGGUCAAAGUCAAUGCAAAUAUUGGAAAUUCUGCUGUUGCAAGCUCUAUUGAGGAUGAAGUUUAUAAGGUUCAAUGGGCAACCAUGUGGGGUGCUGACACUGUCAUGGACCUUUCAACAGGUCGCCACAUUCAUGAGACCCGUGAAUGGAUAUUACGAAACUCUGCUGUACCAGUUGGAACUGUACCCAUCUAUCAAGCACUUGAAAAAGUUAAUGGAAUUGCUGAAAAUCUGAGCUGGGAAGUCUUCAGAGACACAUUGAUUGAACAAGCAGAGCAGGGCGUUGAUUAUUUCACUAUCCAUGCGGGGGUUCUUCUACGAUACAUUCCUUUAACUGCAAAAAGAAUGACGGGAAUUGUUUCUCGUGGAGGAUCAAUUCAUGCAAAGUGGUGUUUGGCUUAUCACAAGGAGAAUUUUGCCUAUGAACACUGGGACGACAUACUUAACAUCUGUAAUCAAUAUGAUGUGGCUCUUUCAAUUGGCGAUGGGCUGAGACCUGGGUCCAUAUAUGAUGCAAAUGAUACUGCUCAGUUUGCAGAGCUCUUGACUCAAGGGGAACUAACCCGUAGAGCAUGGGAGAAGGAUGUACAGGUUAUGAAUGAAGGACCGGGCCAUAUUCCUAUGCACAAAAUCCCAGAGAACAUGCAAAAACAGCUAGAGUGGUGCAAUGAAGCACCUUUCUACACACUUGGACCCCUGACGACAGAUAUUGCUCCUGGAUACGAUCACAUUACCUCUGCCAUUGGUGCUGCCAACAUUGGUGCUCUUGGCACUGCUCUACUCUGUUAUGUCACGCCAAAGGAGCAUCUUGGAUUGCCAAAUAGGGAUGAUGUGAAGGCGGGGGUUAUAGCAUAUAAGAUAUCUGCACAUGCAGCCGAUUUAGCAAAAGGUCACCCUCAUGCUCAAGCCUGGGAUGAUGCAUUAAGCAAGGCCCGAUUUGAGUUCAGAUGGAUGGAUCAAUUUGCUUUAUCCUUGGACCCCAUGACUGCAAUGUCCUUCCAUGAUGAAACCCUGCCAUCAGAAGGUGCAAAAGUAGCACAUUUCUGCUCUAUGUGUGGGCCAAAGUUCUGCUCCAUGAAGAUAACAGAGGAUGUGCGGAAGUAUGCAGAGGAGCAUGGUUAUGGUAGUGCUGAGGAAGCUGUGCAGCGUGGGAUGGAUGCCAUGAGUGCUGAAUUCCUGGCUGCUAAGAAAACUGUUAGUGGAGAACAACAUGGUGAAGUUGGUGGAGAAAUCUACCUGCCAGCAAGUUACAUUAAAUCCUCUGAAAGGAGUGUAUGAGUGCAUGGAUUUGGUUAAAAAAGCGCUGGAACCGUGAUGCAUAGCUGGGUUGUGAAAAAAAGGGAUAUGCCUUUUUGCUUUCCAGAUAGAGGUAAGUUGAUGGUUUAGUUUGUUAGGAACGGGAAACGUUUUAUCUUAGUUUGCUUCUUGUGUGUUGCAGUAAUAAAAAGCAAUAAUGCAAUUGCUACAUAAUCUUUAUGCUUAAA